AUGUUUGGCCGCCUGACACGCCUCGCCAUCGACCUCGUCGCCGUCGCUACCAUCUUGGCGGGCAUCAAGCGUUCGACCGGAUACGCCGUCUACACCGGCAAGGUCAAGGACUCGUCCAUCCGUUCGUUCCUCGACACCUACCUCGGUGUCGGCGAGACGGUGUUUUCGUUCAUGUGCGGCUUCGCCGUGUCGAGCAGCUACUUCCGCCGCCAGCUCGAUGACUAG